AUGUUAAUAGGAAUAUCGGGUACUUUGGGUGUUGGAAAAUCAGAAGUGGCGCGUUACUUGACGUUCCAGGGAUUCAAUUUGAUUAAAUAUAACCCAAAUGAUGAACCAACGGGCACUCCCCCAGCUCAACCUGAAGUUUCAGAUCAUGACUCUUGUCUUGUAUUCAAUGAUCUUGAUAAACUUCUUGAUUACGUGACAUUCAACUGGAGAACUCAGUUUGUUCUCUCGCCCAUAGCCGACAUCAAUGUUCUUUCUGCGCUUCAAAAAAGACCAUUCUUCCUUCAUAUUUCCGUAGACGCGCCUAUUCUGCUUCGUUAUCAACGUCUGGUGCACGACACAUCCAAAGAAUCUAUCUCUGAGUUUGUAGAUAGAUCUGAUUCCUUGUUGUUUGCCCUGGAAAACCCACUCAUUGAAAUAAAUAAUCAAGCCCAAAUCAAAAUCAUCAAUACUUCAUCGUCCAUUAAAGAUCUUUAUGUCAAGCUCUCAGAGUUAUCUCUCAUGGAUUUAUCUCGAUUAAGACCAACCUGGGACUCCUACUUUAUGCGUUUGGCCGAUCUUGCUGCCCUUCGGUCAAAUUGUAUGAAGAGAAGAGUUGGGUGUGUCAUUGUUCGGGGUAAUCGUGUGGUUGCAACUGGUUACAAUGGAACUCCUAGAAACCUCACCAAUUGUAAUGAAGGAGGAUGUCCACGUUGUAACAAGGGCCAAGGUAGUGGUGCUGGCUUGAAUACAUGUCUUUGUCUCCAUGCGGAAGAAAACGCCUUGUUGGAGGCCGGGAGAGAUAGAAUCAACGGUACUGGAAGUAAUGACAAGGGUGUACUCUAUUGUAAUACAUGUCCAUGUUUGACAUGUUCAAUAAAAAUUGUUCAAAGUGGUAUUAAAGAAGUUGUCUAUGCGCAGAGUUACUCAAUGGAUGAGCUUUCCCAUAAGGUUAUGAGUGAAGCUGGCAUUAUCUUGAGACAAUAUUCACCUCCUGCUGAAGGAGUUUUCAUAUAG